AUGAAGAUCCUGUUCCUGCUCUUCCCCCUGAUCCUCCUGCUGGUCCAGGGGGCUGCAGCAGGAAAACAUGACAAGUGCAUCCGGCGAGGAGGAUUCUGUGCUCUGGGGGGCUGUCGUUUCCCCUAUAAAUACAUCGGAGUGUGUUCAACACUGAGCCACUGCUGCAAAACGUAA